UUUGCAUUGCAGUGACUCAUCAAAAGUCUGUCUUGUACCAACACUGAGAGCAUUCCUCUGGCACUGAUAUUUCUCUGUUUUUAAAGCUUCGGUUUGAAACUGGCAUUUACUUCAGGUCCCUAAUCAAAGGGCUCUAUUCAUUGCAGAGAGCAGCCUGAAUGUUAAUCUGCAUCCGGCCUAUUCAUUUAGAUGCUGUGCGCUGCCGGGGAGAUUUGACUUGGUAAAAGCUUGAGCUACAGCAGAUACAGACCCAAGGCUCGAUACUAUAUUUUUUUUCCCCUCCCCUGAGCGACGGUCGCCGCUGUUAUAGCGGGGCGACACGGGGGGACACCGAACCCCUCGCUGACGGCCACUGCUGAAGAUGUGCCCUACUUUGAAUAUCCCUGCAUUGAAUGUCUGAGGAGCUCCAGCCGAUCCUGAGCCAUGUCGCAGAUGUUGCACAUAGAGAUUCCCAACUUUGGGAAUACCGUUCUGGGCUGCCUGAACGAGCAGCGACUGCUGGGGCUGUACUGCGAUGUCUCCAUCGUGGUGAAGGGCCAAGCCUUCAAGGCGCACCGGGCAGUCCUGGCUGCCAGCAGCCUCUACUUCCGAGACUUGUUCAGUGGGAACAGCAAAAAUGCCUUUGAGCUGCCGGGUACCGUCCCCCCGACCUGCUUCCAGCAGAUCCUCUCCUUCUGCUACACCGGGAAGCUGACCAUGGCGGCGAGCGAGCAGCUGGUGGUGAUGUACACGGCGGGCUUCCUGCAGAUCCAGCACAUCGUGGAGAAAGGGACGGACUUGAUGUUCAAGGUGAGCUCUCCCCACUGUGACUCUCAGACCACCAUGAUCGAAGACCCCAGCUCGGAGCCCCAGAGCCCCUGCAACCAGCUGCAGUCGGCCUCGGCACCCUACGUCAUGUCUCCCUCCAUGCCCAUCCCGCUCCUCACCCGCGUCAAACACGAGAACCUCGAGCUGCAGGCAGCUGCCCUCCCCGGCAAGCGGCCCCUCGAGCCCGGUGCCCGGGAUGGGGCAGGCGGCGGUGGCCCCAAUGCCGGUCCCCUGAAGCUCUCCCGUGUCUCCUACUACGGGAUGCCCAACCUGGCCACCCUCAUCCCCAACGUCCAGCAGGUCCAGUACUCGCAGGGGGAGAGGACGAGCCCUGGCGCCAGCAGCAUUCCCACGACUGACAGCCCCACCUCCUACCACAACGAGGAGGAUGAGGAGGACGAUGAGGCGUACGACACCAUGGUGGAGGAGCAGUACGGGCAGAUGUACAUCAAGUCCUCGGGAAGCUAUUCUGUCGCUCAAGAGAAGCCAGAGCAGAUCCCGCUGGAGAACCGCUCCUGUGUCCUCAUACGACGGGAUCUAGUUGCUCUCCCAGCCAGUCUUAUCAGUCAAAUCGGAUACCGUUGCCACCCAAAACUCUACUCGGAGGGAGAUCCUGGAGAAAAACUUGAGCUCGUUGCAGGCUCAGGUGUUUACAUCACCCGGGGGCAGCUGAUGAAUUGCCACUUAUGUGCCGGUGUCAAACAUAAGGUCCUUCUGAGACGUCUGCUGGCCACCUUCUUCGAUCGGAACACGCUUGCCAACAGCUGCGGAACUGGAAUCCGGUCCUCCACGAGCGAUCCCAGCAGGAAGCCCCUGGACAGCAGGGUUCUUAAUGCAGUGAAAUUGUAUUGUCAGAAUUUUGCUCCGAGCUUUAAGGAAAGCGAGAUGAAUGUUAUAGCAGCCGAUAUGUGCACCAACGCCCGCCGGGUCCGCAAACGCUGGCUGCCGAAGAUUAAAUCCAUGCUGCCGGAAGGGAUGGAGAUGUACCGCACGGUCAUGGGCUCCACCACAAACAGUGUCCCUCUGGAUCCAGAAUUCCAGCCCAACACUGCUCAGGUCUUUGAGCAGCGAAUCUAUGCAGAAAGGAGGAGCGAUUCGGGAACUAUAGUAGCCUUGAGAACUAACACAGUGAAUGUAGAGUUAAGCAAUGGAUCCAACCAAUCCUUCGAACAGAGCGAGGAUGCCGAAGGGGCUGGCUCUGUGAUACAGGAGGCAGCUGCCACAGAUGCUAUGGCAUCGGAUACCCAAAGCACUCCGCAACCUUUUGAACAAGGUUCAGGCUCCUCCAGCCGGCCCGAAACUCCCGUGAGAAGACAAGAUGGUACUUACGGAGGGACUUUAUAAAGAGAGCAAACGUUUCGUGACCUAUAAGGGAUCUGUAUUACUAAAGCUGCUUGCAUGCAUUACUAAUACAAAACAAAAAAAUGUGAUCAAGCCACUUACCUACUGAACUGCUACUGUUGCCUGAAAAAAAUGUGAUUUUUAUUCUGCUUGUAUUUAAAAUUUAUGAAGGAAAUAAUCGCAUUCGUUAUACUGUAAACGACUAGGUCUGUGGCGACCUACUUAAAAAACAAAUAUUGGGCUCCUUUUUUGAUAUUCCUGAGGUUAGUCGAUAAGAUUGUAGCUUUUUUCUUUUAUUUUUUUCCUUUUUUUAUUUCUUUAUUUUAAGAAGGGGAGGAGAAAAGCUAGCCACCCCCCCCCCAACCACCACCACCCCCCGUCAUCACCACCCCAUCCAUUACUCAGCUCAGAAGUAAAGCCAUCGUUAACCUUGUCCUCGAAAGAAAGUUUUACCGUCACUUAACAGGAAAGCGAGGUGUGUUAGGAUACAGGUGCUGUGAUGUUUGUCUCUAGCAGAAGGGCUCAAGCCAAGUGGGACAGGGUGGGGGGAAUUGUCAGAGGCUUCUGGUGUUGGAGGGAGCCCCUUGCCAUGGGUGCCGCGGUGCCCGGCCGCUGCCGGAGGUGCUGUUGUCUCAGAGUUGUAUCCGUUUCCCUGGAGCAGGGAUGGUUCCGCAGGAGUUCAGGCUUGCACGUGUCGGGAGGACUGCGCGGGAUGCAGGUGGAGACCCUGGCUGGUGUAGGGGGUUAUUGUCAGGGUUUUUUUUCCCCAAUACAGCUGGUUUUGGGGUUUGGUUUCUCUCUCUCUCUCUGUCCCUCCCAGCGACUCCUUUUCGUUUGCUUCGCCUUGCUUGCACCUUCUUGGGCAAACAGGCUGCCUCGCCCCGCUGCACCCCACCGCCUCGGGGCAACGGGGGCGGCAGGCGGACCAAGUCUGGGGAGAGGAGCCCCUCUCAGCGACCUGCAAAGGGCUUGGGAGAGGAGGCUGAGCGUGGAAACGGCAUUGUGCUCGCUCUGAGGGGCACGGAGCUGGGAGCUCUUGGCGUUGGCUCCCAGCAGCAUCUCCACCAGAGGCAGAACGUGGUAGAGCCACCAGCGUGUGGGGCUUGCCCGCUGCCCCCUCUCCUCCCCAGACCAACCAAGCUCUCGCUUUUUAAGAAUUUGGGAUGUAUUGGAUGCAAGAAAAAGAGCUUUCUUUUUUAAAGAAAUCGGCUUUGUGCUCUUCCGUGCAGAGGUCUUGGGGAAGAGGGGGCGUUUGGCCUCUUGCUCAUCCUCCAUCCAGGCCCUUUGGUGGAAAAGCCCAAUGUGGGUUACCGGAUGGGCUGGUUUGUGGAACGCUGUCCCCAGGCUGCGGUGGCUUUGGUGGCUCUGGUGGCCUUGGCUUGGUGCAGGUGCUGGGAUGGAACCCACAGGUGGCCGUAGAGCCUGGCGGGGCAGUACCAGCUCAGCCCCUGCUCGCUGCUUGUGUCGGCUCGGCCUCUUUUCCCCAGAAACCCCCUCCGUGGCUGUAUUCCCUGGUGCAGCCCCGGCUCCCACAGGGCUCUGGGUGCAGUCGCUGCCCAGCGCCGCUCGCUGCAGCUUCCCUGGGGUGCUGCCCGCCGGCUGGGGGGAUGCCGGACACCCACAACAAUGCUGAGGCCGAGGGGCUCCGAAGGAUGGGGGCAGCGUCGGGAAAGCCAGGCACUGCUUUUUGCUUUUCUUUUUUUCAUUAUGAUUUUUACUGUGACUGAACGGCCUGCUUUAAUGAUAUUUGCAGCUUCUUCUUUAACGAAUUUGGGACUCUGAGUGCAAGGUCACUUGUGAAGGCUACUGUGGCUGUGCUCUUUUCUUCCCUGCUUUGGUUCCCAAACCCAGACAAUGCUUUGCUCAGGGUUUUCUUCCUUCUUUGUAUUCCCAAGGGGAGAGGAUAACCCAACUUUUGGCCAUUUGUUUUGUUUUCUUUGAUACUUGAAGCAGUUUUUUGCAUCCUAAUAACAAAGCUGUCCGGCGCUUAACCUGUUCCACUGCUCCUUGCCCUGAGUGAAAAAAAAUCAGUGAUGGGGUGGUUCCUGCCUCACAUCUUGCACAGCUCUUGGGUUUCGGCACUCGGCUCGGGCAGACUGCGAUGCCCCAGGCUGGUUGUCCUGGUGCUGGCAGGGUCGGGGGCAGCACGCCGAGCUGGCAGAGGGGCACGCGAUGCUUAGGGGAGUGGGGAUUGAGCACAGCCGGGGGCUCUAUUUGCACUUUACCCACCUCGGCAGACAGACCUCACGCUCUUGCCGAAGCCCAGAGCUGGUGCAGUGCAUCCCCGACUUGGCAGCACCGCGGGAGGAGGACAAACCUGAGCAGAGGGACCAGACAGCUGAUCUUGGGAUGGACUUCAUCCCCAGCCACCCCUUAGGAGAUGGAUCAGUUCGGUUCCUUGGCCCUGGGGUGUCCCCAUCCCCUUGGGAGCAGCUGCUGGCAUCCAGCUUUUGGGCAGCUUGACUGGGUUGGUGAAGCUGGGUCAGGUUUGGCUGAGGAACCCCCUGAUGCCUCAUUGGUUCCCCAAAAGCCUGGGUUUGCCAAGAGUUUGAGGCAAGUUGGGAGCAGAUCCAGGCAUCGGAGAUCAAAAGUCGUCCCUUCUGUGUGUCUGUCACUGUAUAGAUGUAUUUUAAAGCUUUUGCAGAGGGUGGGGAGGCCCUGGCCCAGGUUGCCCAGAGCAGUGGUGGCUGCCCCAUCCCUGGAGGGGUUCCAGGCCAGGUUGGAUGGGGCUUGGAGCCCCUGAGCCAGCGGGAGGUGUCCCUGCUCAUGGCAGGGGUGGGACUGGAUGGGCUUUGAGGUCCCUUCCAACCCAACCCAUUCAAUGAUUCCUCCUCCCCUUGGCACUCCCUGGGUCCGGGGAGCAGGCGCACCGCUCGGGCCGGGGGGCGCAGCUGGCUGUAGGUAUUAAUUCUGGACCAAAACCGCACCCCAGCAGGCGGCCCCGGCCGGUGGGACGCGCGGGUGGGCAGCAGCAGAAGUACUUGAAUGGCUUAGGACAGAGAGUCUGAAGAGAGUCAAGUUGCACAGUAAAAAUAUAUAUUUUUAUACCUAGCACAACUUCCUGUAUAUUUUGGGGGUUUUUUUCUUUCUUUUAUUUUUUUCCUUUCCUUUUCUUUUUUUUUUUUUUUUUAUUUGGGUUUGUUUUAUUAAUUAUUAUUAUUAGGAAGGCAAACUUCUAAAAUGUGAAGGGCGUUGGGUUUUUUUUUCCUUAUCUGGUAGAUGAGGGCAAGCAUUUUGCACUAAUGUUUCCUGUGUGUGGAGGAUUAAUGAUAUGUUUGAAAAUGUUAUAUGGAAAUGAUUGUAUUCUUCCGAAAAAAAAAAAAAAAAAAAAGCAACAAAAAAAAGAGUAAUCCCUUUAAAAUAUUGAAUGUAAGGUGAGAACAGAGCAGUCCAUCGAUUGUAUGCGGCUUUCCUGAGUGCCUUAGAAUUUUUUGAUCCUUUUUUCCAAGGAAAACAGAUUAAGAAGAUCAGAUCAUAACCAACUCCUUCCUCCUCUUUGUUUACGACACUAUUUUAAAUUAUAGAAUUUGGGGCUGCUUUAUAAUGUGAAUAGGAAACUGCAUUCAUCUAGGUCUGAUAGUGUAAAAUCAAAGCAUCAGUAUUUAUGGUAUGUCUGCACCUUUAUUCCUAUGCUUGACUAUUAGCAAUAUUACGUGUAUAUUAUAUAUCUAAAGUUAUACCAAGCACCUUUAAAGAAAACGGAGUGUAAGCAUACAAGUUACCUGCAGCUGCCAUAUAGUGUAGAGCCAGCCCCUCUCCUCCUCGUUAGCGCCAAUUAACACCACCAUCCCUAUGGCCGCUGCUUUGCAGAAGGGCUGCAUGACCUUCCGCCGCACCGUGGUCCCGCGUCUCUCGGCAUCCAGCCUUGGCCAGGGCUUGUAGCGAGCCCCACGCUGUCCCACAAGCCGGUGGCUUUGCCGCGGGGACGCCGGUGAAGGCAGGAGCUGCCACGGAGGGGACUCAGGAGGAGGGAUGGUCCUGGUGUUGCUGUUGUCACCGGCGGAAGAUGGGGAGUGGGUCAUCUUUGCCACCUUGAUGGUUUAAUUCUUCUAACUGUGGUUUCGCCCUAGAAAUUCCCCGGUGGGGUGUGGGCAAGGUAGUGUGGAGCCCAACCAUGGGUGGCGCGGGCCAUGAAGGUUUCAAGCUGGUUGAAGGGUUCAACUGUGAAGGGUUCAAGCUGGUUGAAGGGUUCGUCCAUGAAGGGUUCGAGCUGGGCAAAAAGAUUGAACCACAAAGGGCUCGAGCUGGUUGAAGGGUUCAACCACAAAGGGUUCAAGCUGGGCAAAAGGGUUCAACCACAAGGGAUUCAAGCUGGUUGAUGGGUUCAGCCACAAAGGGUUCCAGCUGGGCGAAGGGUUCAAACCCAACCCGCCACCCAAAACUGGAAUUGCCCAUGGCUUCACCGGUGUUUGAGGGAGCAGAGCAUCCUUGCCGUGAUGCUUUGCGGGAGCUGCUGCCUCCCCUCAGCCCUUUGCUAAUGUGUUUUUGCUCAGAUCGCUUGUUUUUCUGGAAAUGGCAAGUGGAGAAGGGCGAACGGGAAACCAGGAUGAGCCCUGGCCCCUCCUUGGCAGUAAAUCCCCACUGCCACAUUGCCAGUCCGCAACCAUCUCGGGCUUCAACUGCUGUCCCAAGUGUUCCUGCUGUCCAAAUCGGUCGCGCUGUCAGCAAGCGAGCCCUGAGCGUGCGGGUGGGAGGAAAGCGAGCGGGGAACUCCCCGGCCCCGCUCACCCGGGGGGGGCUGAUGUCUAACGCACUCACAUUGGAAACCCCUCAACUCCUCCAAUGAGUUUCUUCCACUGUUAAAGCGUUUUGCACACGAAAUUGUGAUUUUUAUGUCAAGGUAAAAGCCAAAACUUGCAAUACUAUUUUUAGCAGACAAAAAAAAAAAGAAAGAAAUAAUAAUAAAUAAAUAAAUAAAUAAAAAACAACUGAAUAUAAAUGUAUAAAUAUUUUUGACUUGAACAUUUGGAUGGCACUUGAUUCAAAUAGAACAUUAAUCCUUUGGACAGAAUGUUUGGGGAAAAAAAAAAAAGAACUUAAAGUACAAGGUUGUUUUUAAAGCGUCUUCAUAGGGUAUUAAGUAGUACUGUAAUUCAUGACUGUUAAAAAUACUUUCUGUGCUGUAAGGAAAUCUCACAGUACCACUGAAUUAUGUUCCUCAACUGUCUCAGCCACGAACGAUGCUAGCUUCUUAUUUUUUUUUACCGUGCAUUAUUCACUAGUAUUUAUGUGCUCUUACUCUGUGUAGUUAAGACUGUUAUUUUGUAGUCAUGGCUGACACGAUAUAUCAGUAACUAAAAAAAACAAACAAGAGAGAAGAUUAAGACCCCCGAGUUGGACCUGUGCUCAUAGCUGUUUUCAUAUGAUGAAAAAUCCAUUUAAAAGAAAAAAACAAACCAACCCAAUGUGAUCAUUAAUUGUAAAACGCUUUGUAAAAUUCACAUUUACAAAAU